CAUAGAAGGCUUUGAUAUCUCAAUAAUCCCUUUGUUAGUUGUUUUAGUUUAGUUUUUCAGCUGUUUGUGCUGUUAUCUGAUUUUUCGCACAAUUGGAAAAAUCCUAGUAUAUUCUUUAGUAAACAAAAUUUGUAGACUUUUUUUGAAAAUUAUACUUGUAAGAAACACAAUAAUUUUUGAUUUAAACAUGUCCAAUCAAAGUGAUCAUCUGGUGGUUCGAGCUCUGCUGACUCUGAACACAAUUGCCACCUUGGAUGAGAUAGUGGACCAAUUUACGCAGCGCUAUGAUUUCAAUCCUGAGCAACGAAAUAGACUUUCGGAGGUAGUAGAGCAGACCCUUAAGGAGGCCGUCCGUUUCGGCUUUAUCCGGAUGGAGAAUGGUGCCUACUGUCUUCUGAAGUCAGCGUUCUCAGCCCAGAGGGAACAGGCCGUACAGACGCCUAUUAUACCCUCGAUGGAGACCCAACCAUCGACAGAAAAACGUCGCGUUUCCUCAGUAACCAAGUAUGUGUCCAAAUUGGUGAACUGGUGUCGUAUCUCCUAGUGCCAGAUGCCAUAAAUAAACGCCUAUCUGC